AAUGAAACACAGUGUAAUCUGGUUGUGUUGUGUUGCACUUCCUCUUCGUAAAUGCCAUCAAUAUAUUGGAAGAGUAAGCCCCCUUUUCGACAUCUUAGAUUGAAUGAGAAGGUCGUGAAUGUAAAAGACUCCCAGGAUUUCUACAAAUUUGUGGCUCUGAAUCAAAAGAGACUCUUUGAAAAUCAAUUUAUCUAGAAAUCCUCUGCCUCUGAAAACCUGAGAUUACACAAUUUCAAAAACAUCCAAUACACUGCAGAUUUAGGAAUAGGAUAAGCUGGCAAUGUCUUUAAAGUCGUAUUAGACACAGGCAGUGCCAAUCUGUGGAUUGAUUCGAACAGAUGCUCAGAACAAGGUUGUAUGAGACAUAAAUAAUACAAACAUGAGGAAAGUCAUUCGUUUUUACCAUUGAAUUAAGAAUUGACAGUAGAAUUCGGCAGUGGAGAACUGAAAGGACUUGUUAAUUCUGACACUAUCUAUUUCGGAGAUAUCACCCUACCCAGACAAAACUUGGCUGAAAUCACAAGCGAGAAUGGAAUCAUUUUCAAAAGUCUAGAUUUCGACGGCAUUCUUGGUUUAGCAUAUCCAUAAAUGGCUCCCAAAAACUUCAAUCCAGUCUUUGACAAUAUGAUGUAACAACAUGCUCUUGAAAAAAACCAAUUUGCCUUCUAUUUCGCCAAAGACCCAAACGAUAUCACACACAGUGAAUUUACUUUGGGAGGAUACAAUCAAGCUCACGUUGAUGGAGAGAUUAACUACCAUAAUGUUAUUGAUAAAUAUUACUGGAUGAUCAAAGCCGAUAGCAUUUUGGUGGGAGGCAAAGACAUUGGAUUAUGUAACGACGGAUCCUGCAAAUUGAUUGUUGAUACUGGAACAUCCAUCAUGAGUGGACCCAUGGAUGAUGUAGGCACUUUAUUAAGAAAUCUGAAUGUCAAAGAUCAUUGUUCUGAAGUCAAAUCCCUUCCCAAUAUUACAUUCAAGAUCGACGGAAUUGAUUACACUUUAGAACCCGAAGAAUACGUCAAACCUACCACUGCUGAUAGUUCUGCAUUUGCUGAGAUGAACAGUUCUGAAGAUUAAUCAAUGGUGGAAGUCAACAGUUGGGAUUGCAUUGCUUCUUUCAUUCCCUUGGAUAUUCAAGAACCUCAAGGACCUGCUUGGAUCCUUGGAGAUGUGUUCCUUAGGAAAUAUUACAGCAUCUACGAUAGAGACAAUGACAGAGUCGGUUUUGCCAAAGCCAAACAAUGA